GUGGCGAUAAACAAAUAGCACAACAAACUUGUAAAAGAGCGACAAAAAAAUCAAUUGCAAAAAAUAACACAAGAAUGCUAUCUAAGCCAAGUUACUUGUCGCAAACAAUUAAAUUCUAAAAUCAGUUAGACAAAUAAACAAGCUCAUCAGCUUAUCAGAAACAAAAGUCGUCAACAGUUUGGAUUCGCAGCAAGUUUGGUGUGCACUUCGCGUUGGCAGUGAUUUUUGCAAGUGCAAAAGCAAAAGCCAACAAAAGAGAAAAAGAACGAAUGAAAAGAUAAUAGCUGCCGGCUGCUGUUACAUUAACAAUACAUAUUAAAAUUCGCUGUCUCUUGGUGUUUUUUUUAUUGUUGAGUUGUUAAAUUACAAAUUUGAGCAAACAUAUUGCUGCUUUGGAGGCAAACAAACAGCAACAACAACGAAAGCAACAAAAGCAGCGCACGCAUCAACUACGACGACGUCGACGAAAUGGCGUUAAAAAAAGUGAAGGGAAAUUUCGAGCGCAUGUUUGAUAAAAACUUGACAGACCUUGUUCGCGGAAUAAGAAAUAAUAAGGAUAAUGAGGCCAAAUACAUAUCUCAAUGCAUUGAGGAGAUCAAACAGGAGCUGCGUCAGGACAAUAUUAAUGUCAAGUGCAAUGCAGUGGCCAAAUUAACCUAUAUACAAAUGCUCGGCUAUGAUAUUUCGUGGGCAGGCUUCAACAUAAUUGAGGUGAUGAGCUCCUCGCGCUUCACAUGCAAGCGAAUCGGUUAUCUGGCGGCCAGUCAGUGCUUUCACCCGGACAGCGAACUUCUGAUGCUUACCACGAAUAUGAUUCGCAAGGACCUCAAUUCACAGAAUCAGUACGAUGCGGGCGUUGCUUUAAGCGGGCUCAGCUGUUUCAUUUCGCCAGACUUAUCGCGUGAUCUGGCCAAUGAUAUUAUGACACUGAUGAGCUCGACCAAACCGUAUCUGCGCAUGAAGGCUGUGCUAAUGAUGUAUAAGGUAUUUUUGCGUUAUCCCGAAGCAUUGCGACCCGCAUUUCCCAAACUGAAAGAAAAACUUGAGGAUCCAGAUCCAGGUGUACAAUCGGCUGCUGUUAAUGUCAUUUGUGAGUUGGCACGCAAGAAUCCAAAGAACUACCUGCCCUUGGCGCCGGUAUUCUUCAAACUAAUGACAACGUCGACUAACAAUUGGAUGUUGAUUAAAAUUAUCAAGCUGUUCGCGAGCCUCACAACAAUUGAACCGGCGCUGGGACGUAAAUUGACUCAGCCCCUAAUUGAAAUUAUUUCCAGCACCUCGGCAAUGAGCCUCCUCUACGAGUGCAUCAACACGGUCAUCGCAGUCCUCAUCAGCAUCAGCAGCGGCAUGCCCAACCACAGCGCCUCCAUUCAGCUGUGCGUGCAGAAGCUGCGCAUCCUAAUAGUCGACUCAGAUCAGAAUCUCAAAUACUUGGGUCUGCUGGCCAUGUCUAAGAUACUGAAGACGCAUCCGAAGAGCGUGCAGACGCACAAGGAUCUGAUAUUGGCUUGCUUGGACGACAAGGACGAGUCGAUAAGACUGCGCGCCUUGGAUCUGCUUUAUGGCAUGGUGUCGAAAAAGAAUCUCAUGGAGAUUGUGAAGCGAUUGCUUGGCCAUAUGGAGCGCGCCGAGGGCUCAGCGUAUCGAGACGAGCUGCUCUACAAAGUGAUCGAGAUAUGUGCCCAAAGUUCCUACUUGUAUGUGACCAAUUUCGAGUGGUAUAUGACCGUGCUCGUUGAGCUCAUCCAAUUGGAGGCUGGCUCCAAGCAUGGCCGCCUAAUCGCCGAACAGCUGCUGGACGUGGCCAUUCGCGUGCCCGUUGUCCGUCAGUUUGCCGUCAAUGAGAUGACCAAUCUGCUGGACACGUUUGCCAUAUCGACCCAAAGCAACUCCAUGUACGAGGUGCUCUAUGCGGCUGCCUGGAUUGUCGGCGAAUUCUCUGGUGAAUUGGCCGACGCCGAGAAGACUCUCAACGUUAUGCUGCGACCGCGUCAGCUGCCUGGCCACAUACAAGGCGUCUACGUGCAGAAUGUGAUCAAGCUCUUCGCCCGGCUGGCCACCACCUGUCUCGAACUGCAGGAUAUGCCCGGCAUUGUGCGGCUAUGCGAUCAUGUGCUGGAAAAGCUGCAGCACUUCAAUGGGUCAAACGAUAUUGAAGUGCAGGAGCGUGCCAACUCUGCCUGCAUGCUAAUCGAGAUGCUGCGCAAGCAGUUAACUGAGCCAGCGGGGGAUAUGUCAACAGGAUCAAUACCAACGAUGGCCAUUGAGAUUGUCCAGGAGAUGGCGCUGCUGUUCGCUGGCGAGCUGAUACCUGUGGCACCCAAGGCACAGCGCAAGGUCCCGCUGCCAGAUGGCCUCGAUUUGGACGAAUGGAUCAAUGCGCCGCCACCGGACGACGCCAGUAGCAGUUCGUCCGAGCAUGACAAGGAUGAGUUAUUCGUGAGUGCGACUCACGAUGGUAACGAUGCCAUCGGUGGGGAUGGCGGCGGUAAUGUUAGCCACUCGGACAGCAAGCGGCACAAGAACCUGGAGCUGACGCCUGAGCAACUGGAGCGUCAGCGCAUGGCACGUCUCAUCGAACAGUCGAAUAAUCCGCAUUACCUGAAGUCAACGCCGAAUUCGGCGUCAGCGGCCAUCGGCAACAGCAGCAACAACUCGAAUGCCGAUCAAUACGACAAUAUUGAUGACAUACCCAUAACCGAGCUCCCACUGGACAUUGAGGGCGUUGCCGCGCUUCGAGUGGGCAUAACGAAGCGCUCGGACAAGUAUCUGAAAGAGCAGCAAGAGGCGGCGUCGGCGGCACACAGCAAAGAUGCCAAAAAGAAGCAUAAAAAGACCAAAAAGAGCAAAAAAUCAAAAAACAAAGUUGCCUACAACAGCAGCUCCGAGUCGGAUGCGGAACCGAAACCGUUGCACAUUGUAAACACCACGCUGGAUAUGCCCGAGGGCGUAACGCUGUCCGACAGCGAGGAUAAGGACGGCAAAUACGAUCCAAAUGAUCCGCAUCGUGCGCUCGAUAUUGAGCUAGACAUGACCGUCUUUGAUGCACCUGCAAAGACAUCGAAGACUGCGUCGGCUGGCACUAAAGAAGCUGUGAAAGCGCAAACCGCGUCAGCCACGUCCAAAUCCCUAGAUCCCGAAACGAGCGUAAUGCCUAGCAAAAAGGAGAAGAAGUCCACAGACAAGACACGCAGUGAACAUAAAACGCGCAAGGCACGGCAGCAAUCGCAGCCGGAUUCUGUGCCCGACUUGAUUGAUACGAGGAGCAGUCCCUGCCGGACAGCAGCAGAUAAUGGCAAUGGCAACAAUAACAACAAUAACAACACUGCCCCAACCGACGCUGUCAACAGUCAGCACCAGAAGAAGAAGAAGCGCGAGAAGAGCGAGCGUAGUGAAAAGAGGGCGCACAAAUCGAGCAAACUGUCAAACGAUGAGGCAGUCGCGAACAGGACUAACUCGACCAACAUCAUCGAUGUGGGAGAACCGUCCGCUGCACUGCCCGAGGGUAAUUUGUCGCUAGCUGUCGAUAUGAAGGCGCAUAAGAAGAAGCAUAAGAAGGACAAAUCACACCAGAAAGAGAUGCGGGCGCACAAAUCGCCCGCAUCGGACUACGAGCAGCCGAUGGGCAUUUCGACGCCCAGCAAAGAGAUUUUCUAGAUAGUAGCUAGCCAGAAACAUGCAUCAAUCAAUCCCCAUUCACCCAUUUCCAAAAUGCAGUAUGCAUUAGUUAAGAACUGUUUAAUUAAGUUUAAUUAAAUGCCUACUCCUAAUUCUACGUCUAAAUUAUCGCUGCGAUAUAAAAACAAAUUGAACGAAACAAGUUGAAUUCACCAGAUACUACUAGUAGAGCGAAGCAAAACAAAAGAAAACAAAACAAAACAAAACAAAACAAUAGCAAAAACAAAAACAAAAAAUAUUAAUUAAUGUUAAUAUUGUAAUAUUAAUGGCCGCAUUUGCCGUCACGGCUCGAA